AUGGUUUCACUCAUUCAGCUACUACUCCUGAAUCAAAAGCGUUCACACUGCACCAAACUCUCAACAACAAAAUGGAAGGUGAAGCAGGUCACAACUUCCAACUUCAACGAAUCUCUGAAAGAAAUUAAAACUCACAUAUCUUCUUCCGACUUUAUCGCCGUAUCGAUGGAAAAAACCGGUUCCUCGUCGACGACUCCGUGGCACCGCGUUCAGCCUUUUGAUACGGCGGAAACAGCUUACCUUAAGGCUAGUCAGUCCGCUCAGCGGUUUCAGUUACUCCAGUUUGCUGUGUGCCCGUUUUCUGUUACGGAUUCGAAUAACCUCGUUGCUCACCCGUAUAAUUUUCUUUUGUUUCCAAGAGAUGAGUUGAAGCUGGGUAUGCCUGCUUACACUUUUUUGUGCCAGACGUCUCAUCUGGCGUCGAUGGCUCGUCAAGGUUUUGAUUUCAAUACUUGCAUAUAUGAAGGUAUAUCAUAUUUGUCCCGAGCACAAGAGUCAAUUGCUAAAAUUCGUUUAGGGACUGGUUCUCCCUCUCUUGGUGUGAUGAAAUCUUCUUCACCCCCUACUGUUGCCGAUACAGUUUUUAUCGAGAGGAUUAGAUCACGGAUUAAACACUGGAGAAAUACAUGUAAAAACUCUGGCACAAAGACAGGCAAACACGAAGAAAUUAUCGACUGUCUUAGGGAUAUUGUUCUAGGUAGUGAACAAUUCAAAUCAAGACCGUGCUUGAAUAUAGAUGUUUGCAGUGAACGCCAAGUACAGCUAAUUCUACAGAUGAUAGCAGACUUCUCCGAUGACUUCGUUUCUUUGGUGAUCCCUUCAAAGAGUGGGACCACUCAGGCAGUACGCAUUGUUUUGGCAAAUUCAAGAGAAGAUAAGGCAUUGUUGGAGAAAGAGCUUCAAAGUCUUGAAGAUGAGGAAAUCAAGAAAUUUCGUGGAUUUCGAGAGGUGAUCGACUUGAUUUCCGCUUCACAGAAACCUGUUAUCUCCCACAAUUGCCUUAAUGAUUGUACACUUAUUCAUUCAAAAUUCAUCGCACCACUUCCAUCAGAAGUAGAUGAUUUUGUGAGCUCCUUGUGCAAGUUUUUCCCAAAAGUACUCGACGUCAGUUAUUUGAUGAAGAAAAGUGGAACCAUGAAAAAGUUGACCAACAUUCGUAAUUCUUUAUCCUACUUGAAUACUCAUUUCUUUGCACCAAUUGAUAUGGAAAUUCCUGACCAAGAUACAGUAAAUAAAGGCAAGAUUGAUGGACUUGAUGCAUUAAGGUUAUCCUAUUUAUUCAUGAAGCUUUGUUCUAUAUUGAAAAUUUCCCCUAUUGUUGCUGCGUCCAACAAUAGGCGAUUGGCUCCGGAGCUCGAAGACUUCACUUUCCAUCCAUGCUCAGCCAAUAUCCAAGAAUCAUCAUGUAAUGGAGAUGUUACUGUGUGGACCAAUAACACAAGAAAAAUCAAUUGUGAACAUUUGGUUUUCGUAUGGGGAUUUAAAUUUGGUAUGACAGCCGGCAUGCUGAAGAAUGCUCUUCGUGAAUCCAAAGACAUCUUUUCAGAGGAAUUUGAUGUAAGAUUCAUUGAUAAGAGUUGUGCCGUCGUUGUUUUCUGGCAACCUGGGUUGUCGAAAGAUCUUCUAAACGUAAUGAAUGGCGAGGAAAUUAGUGGAGGGUUAAAGGAGUUAGUAUCAGACGAGUUGAGGGCAACAGGUUAUGAGACAUACAGAACAAUGUGUAGGUUAGGUUUGUGGGAGAUGAAUCUUGCAGAGUCUUUAGAGAGAGCCUUGGAGAGUUCUCUUAGUAAUGAAAAGAUUAGUAGUGAAAGAAAACCUUGUGAGAUUCAAUGGUGUAAUGACAAUGUACUUAACUUUGAUGAUCUUUAA